CAAGCAAGCGACUGUCAAUUAGACAGAGAAUUCUCAGUGAUUAAUUUCAAACGUACUAUUCGUCGUUAAGUUUUUACAAGUGAACAGAGUUUUUUGUUGGCUUCUGAAAAUUAAAAUGGGUGUCAAAGGCAAAAUAUUUCCCAUUUUAAUAGUUCUCACAUUAUGGGUAUCAGUCCAUGGAAGACCUUCAUCAAACUGGUAUCCAGAAUAUGAUUCAGACUCAGACAACGCGAUAAACGAAGUCGUCGAACCAAAGACACUAUCAACAGCUACAAUGGAACCUUCGAAAACGGAAAUAUCUACGGAAUACAAAGCAGCCGCAGUUCAUGGAAGGCCAUGGCCCUUGUAUCCAGAAUAUGAUCCAGGUGAUCCAAAGCGAUUAGCUUUAUUCAGCCAACAGGGCUAUGUAGUGGUAGGUCCCAAAAAUUAAAACAGGUUAGCAGUGAUGAACCGCGGCGCGUUGAAAAAAAGUUGAAGGAUGUUGUGGCGGAAAAGGCUGAUGCCACAGGGACUAUAAAAUAUCGAUGCCUUGCCGAUGUUGACAAGUGCAUCUACGAGCAAAAUAAUUUUAAUUCGGCUUAUACAAAGAGGCAUCGGAUUUCAUGUCACAAACACAGUUGUUCAAUGAUAUAUCUAGCAUUAUCCAGUUUUGCUCAGAAGUCUGAAGCUAUACGUUAAACAUUUGAAUAACGAAUUAUUGUCACUAAAUUAUAAGCAGAAAUGAAGUGAAAUAU